UCGGGCCGUUGUCAGGGGUAACGGGAAGCGAAGCGGCCUGCUGGGCACACUUGAGCCUGAAAGGAGCAGCGGGGAUAGCAACAUAAAGGAGGGGUUUGGCCUGCGACAAAAGUACCGUCCCACAAUGGCUGUCUACUUUGACCAUCGGAUAGAGCCGCAGGUUCCUGCAGCAUCUCCAUCCAUUAUCUCCUGGCAUUGUCAGCAGGCACUACUUGCUGUGGCUUCCACCUCAGAUGCUGGAGGUUAUGUGGAUAUCUACAAUGAACUGGGGGAACACGUAAAUGGAACUCACAUUGAAAGGACGUAUCAACCCACCAUACUCGUCUGGCAUCCAACGAGAUGUAUACUGGCGGUGGGCUGGUCUACCGGAGAGGUGGUUGUUUUUAAUGAACAAGACAAGGAACAGUACACGGUGCCGUCUACUCAUGGUGCUGAGAUUACGUUACUGGAAUGGAGCAACAACAGUAGCCACCUGAUCUCUGGAGACCACCAUGGAUUAUUAGUUGUGUGGCGGCUGGACCAGCGGGGACGAGUUCAAGGGAUACCUCUGCUUAAACAUGAGUAUCACAAACCCCUGACUCACUGCCUCUUCAAACCCUUAUCUCCUGACGAGGAUCUGGCCCAGCUGGCCAAGGCUGCGGUGAGUGGCGAUGAGAGAGCUCUGGACAUGUUCAACUGGAACAAAUCCGUGAAAGGUUCUCCAAUGAAGGCCAGGACUCAGCAGGAGUUCUCCUUUUUUGUCAGUGCAGGAGACGGUUCGGUGUUUUGGGUGAAUGAGCAAGGAAAAAGCACUCAGUUGGUGUGCAUGGACAGCCCAGUCCGACGGCUGCUAUUCAGAGAGAAAAAAUCAUUUCUAGUAGUGAUCACGGAUAGUCUGCUGCUCUCCCAGUUCUUCAUUACACCAGAUGCCGGUGCAGAGGAGGUCUCGAAGGUGAAACUGACUGGGAAGAUCGGUCAUGCAGCCGACAUCCUUUGGGUUGACAACAGCCUUCUAAUUACAGCGACUGGAGAAAGCGUUAUAAGGUUCUGGGAUCUGGAACGAGAUGACAAUUAUGUACUUUUCCUGGAUGAGCAGUUGGGGUUUGAAGCUGGGGAAAAUAUCAACUGCAUUUCAUACUGUAGUGCCAAAGGUAUACUGGCCACUGGAACUAAUAAAGGCAGGGUGGCCAUGUGGGGCAGGGUGCUCCCUGCCGGGGAGAAGUCUAUCAGGGUAGAUGGGAAGGACGGUUGGAAACUUAAAACGCCAACUGAGCUGGAAGGGAACAUCACGCAGAUAAAGUGGGGCUCCUCCAAGAACCUCCUGGCCAUGAACAAUCUGAGCUCCGUGCUUAUCCUCAGUGAGCAGAUAAUGUCUUCUCACUUCCACCAACAAGUUGCAGCCAUACAGGUGGCUCCCACCCAGCUCAACGUGACUUACUUCGCCACUGGGGCAACGCAUAGCCUGCGGACUGACAUGUACAUUAAAGGAGUGUUUGUUACUAAGGAAGCAGUUGUCGCGUGGAACGGGAAGCAGGUCACGACGUAUGAGUUGGAAGGACCAACACUAAGGAACACAGGUUCCUUUCUGAGUGAUUCCCCGGUGCUUGCAAUGCAUGAGGAGAACAUUUACACCGUAGAACCCAACAGAGUCCAGAUUCGCACUCUGCAGGGUACUGUCAAACAGCUCCUACAGUUCUCCAAGUCCGAAGGGAACCCGUGUUUGCUGGAUAUUUGUGGCAACUUCCUGGCGGUGGCAACGGACACCGCUCACUUCAAGAUCUUUGAUCUCUCAAGGAGGGAGGCCAAACCUCACAGCAACUGCAAAAACCUAUUGGAGCUGGCGCCAGGACUGGAAGGCAUCGUGUCUGUGAAGUGUAACUCCAACGGAAGCAAAGUCAGUAUCAUCGCAAACAGGCCUGAUGGCAAUCUGGACUCCAAAAUGUAUUUCUAUGAUGUUGAACUGGACACUGUGACAUUUUUUGACUUCUGGAACGGAAAGGCAGAGCAAACAGAGUCCCCCACUAACCAGGACGCAGAUCUGUAAGUGGCGAAUGCAACCAAGGUUCUUGACCGUAUCCCAAUCAAUCAAUUCUGGGACCAGAGUGAAUCUCGGCUUAUCGUGUGCGAAGCCAUGCUGGCUGUUCCAAAUUCAACGCAGUCAUCACCAAAACGGUACAUGGACAAGCCAGUUGAUGUUCCUCAAGGAAAGGAGGACAUAUUGGUCAUGUCAUUCUUCAGCACCCAGGAACAUGGAUUACUGCUUCAAGAGACAUUCCCGCGGCCUGCUUCCCUCCAAGCCCUUCUUGGCAUUGAAGUCCCCCAUUACUAUUUUACUAGAAAGCCUGGGGAGGAAGAAAAACCCACGCAGGUAGAAGAAGGGGCACCACGGAUCCCCCAGAUGGUGUCGAAAAGGCCCCUGCGCGACUUUAUAGGACUUGAGGACUGUGACAAAACCACCCGGGAGGCAAUGCUCAACUUCAGCUUUUACCUCACUGUCGGAGAUAUGGAUGAAGCCUUCAAGUCUAUCAAACUCAUCAAAAGCGAGUCAGUCUGGGAGAACAUGGCGCGCAUGUGCGUGAAGACCAGGAGGCUGGACGUGGCCAAGGUGUGCCUGGGAAAAAUGGGUCACGCACGGGGUGCCAAGGCACUGCGGGAGGCUGAGAAGGAGCCCGAGGUGGAGGCCAAGGUGGCGAUGCUGGCAGUGCAGCUGGGCAUGUUGGAAGAGGCAGAACAACUGUACAAAAGCUGCAAUCGCCAUGACCUACUCAACACGUUCUACCAGGCAUGGGGCCAGUGGCAGAAAGCCAUUGACACCGCCGAGAGCCACGACAGAGUCCACUUACGCACCACUUACUAUAACUAUGCCAAGCACUUGGAGGCUAUUGGAGACCGUGAGGGAUCACUCAGCUACUACGAGAAGUCUGACACCCAUCGCUUCGAGAUUCCGAGAAUGCUUCUGGAUGACCCUCAGGCCUUGGAGAGCUACAUCAACCAGAAGAAGGACAAGAACCUUUGGAAAUGGUGGGCUCAGUACCUGGAGAGCCAGUCAGACCUGGACAGCGCACUAAAAUACUAUGAGAUGUCUCAGGAUUACCUGUCUCUGGUCCGGGUGCACUGCUUUCUAAAGAACAUCCAAAAGGCUGCGGAAAUAGCCAACGAAACGGGAAAUCUAGCAGCAUCUUAUCACCUGGCGAGGAAGUACGAGAGCCAAGGUGAAGUGAAGCAGGCAGUGCACUUCUACACCAGGGCCCAGGCCUAUAACAACGCCAUCAGGCUCUGCAAGGAGAACAGCCUGGAUGAUCAUCUGAUGAACCUGGCUCUACUGAGCAGCCCCGAGGACAUGAUGGACGCAGCCGGCUACUACGAGGAGAACGGAGAGCAGAUGGAUAGGGCAGUCAUGCUGUACCAAAAGGCUGGCCAUCUUUCCAAGGCUCUGGAGCUGGCAUUUGCCACCGAGCAGUUUGGAGCCCUACAGAUGAUUGCUGAGGAACUGAAUGAGAAGUCGGAUCCGGCUCUCCUCUCUCGCUGCUCGGAUUUUUUCAUCCAGCACAACCAAUUUGAAAAGGCGGUGGAACUGUUGCUGGCAGCUAAGAAGUACUACGAUGCUCUUCAGCUGUGCCUGGAGCAGAACCUGGUCAUAACGGAAGAAAUGGCCGAAAAGAUGACCGUGCCAAAGGACUCCAAAGAGCUGAGCGAGGAGGCCAGGAGGGAGCUGCUGGAACGCAUCGCCGACUGCUGCAUGCGACAGGGAAACUAUCACCUUGCAACCAAGAAGUACACACAGGCUGGCAAUAAGCUGAAGGCAAUGAGAUCCUUACUAAAGUCAGGCGACACGGAGAAAAUAGUGUUUUUUGCUGGGGUUUCACGCCAGAGAGAAAUCUACAUCAUGGCUGCCAAUUAUCUGCAGUCGUUGGACUGGCGCACGGACCCUGACAUCAUGAAGAAUAUCAUCAGCUUUUACACCAAGGGAAGGGCUCUUGACCUCUUGGCGGGAUUCUAUGAUGCUUGCGCUCAGGUGGAGGUUGACGAGUAUCAGAAUUAUGAGAAAGCCCUGGGCGCGCUAACUGAAGCCUACAAGUGUCUGUCCAAAGCAAAGAUGAGGAACCCAGAGGAGCAGGAGAGGAAACUGUCCGACAUGCAGAGCAAGAUUACUCUGGUGAAGAGGUUUAUCCAGGCACGCAGGGCAUACUCAGUGGACAGCCAAGAAGGUAUCAAGCAAUGUGAGCUUCUGCUGGAGGAGCCAGAUCUGGACAGCGCGAUACGCGUCGGAGAUGUUUACAGGCUUCUGGUGGAACACUACACUCAGCACGGAGACUUCCAGAAGGCAUACCGUUCCUUGGAGGAGAUGCGUUCCAAGAUCCCUUCUGUCAAAGUGACGUAUUACGUGCCACAGAGUACGGUGGACGCCGUCCACAGAGCCCUCUCAAUCCCGCUCAGUCGGCACGCUCUACCCGAGCACGUGCGGCACAACAGCGUGGAGGACAGCGAGGAAGUGGAGGAGAUGCCAGAGAUCGGCUACGAAGACGAACCCUAGCACUGACCCUGUUCGCUAACUACGGGGUUAAAGGAAUGUUUUUUAUGGUUGAAUCAAGUGCCCUCCACCGCAAUGCCAAGAGGAACGACGUACAGAGUCUGCUGCACAUUCUCAAUAAGACCUCUUACAACUCGUUAAGGAGGCAGUAUGAGCGAGAAGCAAACAAGCUGGACCUUUGCCACCUACGGCCCUUUAUUUGCAAUAUACUAUUGUUGUUCUUUGCACAAAAUGCACCUCUUUCUAAACCUUUUUUUCACAGACCACACUGUGGGCCCUUUAAAAUGCUUUAAGCACUGACUGAUUCAGACUGAUUUCAGAUCGAGGAGGCAUCUCCACUGGACACUAGGCUGGGAAACCUGAUUUAUAUCAUGAGAGUCCGUCAAUCAGAAACAGGCAGAGCUCAUUCUAUAAACCAACAUGCGGACACUUGGUUUGCGAUAUCUUAAGCAAUACACGCAGCCAUCUCCAGGGACGGCCGUAACCUCCACGUGGCUGUUUUUAUAGCACAGAGCUUUUUUUUCAAAGCACUACUAAAUUAUUAUUUUUUUUACGGUCAAUUUCUAUAAUAAACAAACAAUAAUACAU